UGUCUGGAGAUAAAUGUAAAAUGGCUACAAGUCUGAGUGAUAAGAAAUCUAGAACAAAACCUCAGCGUUUGUGGGACGCAUUAGGACCAUUUCCCAGGUCAGUGUGGAUACAUCCCUGUACACCAGAAGACAGUCUGGACAGAGCCUGUGCUAGAGUAUUGAAGCGCUCUGUUCUGGCCAGUAAGGGAAUUUGGCCGCAUCUACCUGAAAAUGCGCAUGUGUUUGCGGAAGAUGGUGAUACCCAGAGCUACAGAGGACAUUGUGGCAGACUAUUCACUCAGAGUGCAGGGCAUCAAAAGUUGGACAAGGUCAUGUUAAUGACUCAGCAUAACAUGACCCAGACUCUUCUGCAGGGGCAUGUUGAUGCCACGAGUCCAUGUUUUCCUGAUGAUAGAUGCGGACGUGGUCAUGAACCUGACAAGACCAUAGAGAUCAUAAGCCAGGAGGAGGCUGACCGAGAUAAAAAUGAGGAGUUUCUUGAAGAAAUUAUACCUAAACAGCCCACAGGGAAAGCAGACAUCCCUGAGGGCUUCUCAGAUGAAGACUUUCCUCGUCUUCCACCUCUUUCCACACGGGUGGACAGACCCCCACAGCAAGUCCCCGUCAAAAGUGGCUCCUAUAAAGCAACUGUCUUAAAAGGAAAACCAAACAUCCAAAUGGAUGGUAGCAAACCACACAGGGCACAAAAACGAAAUAAAAAAGAACAUUCAAAAGUCACAGCUAAAACAUCCCAAAAGAUAGAAGCACAAACAGCCCAGGGCUUCAUUGACCGACCUAGCUCCCCACAAACAGAAAGUGAAUGCAGAGAGGAAGUUAUGAUGGAAGACCAAAGUUCAUUGCCAAGAUGUUCCCAUCUACCUUUGUUUGCAGACUUCCAAAUGGCAGAUGAGAAGAUAAUACCUAAAGAUCACACACUUAAAGGUGGAGACGUGGAGUUGGGAACGAGUGCAGAUGGUGCCCACAUGGCACAGACCCGGGCUGGUAGCGUUACUGGGAGCGUGCAGAAUGCAGCUGGCCCUCUUGACAAGGCCAAAUGCCAUAUAUACCAAAAGGAUGCUACUGUUGCAAAGACAAAGGCCACAGGUCCAGACUCUGUGCCAGGAGAAAUGGACAGGAUCCAGACUUGGAACAGCAGUGGAAGGUGUCCCCUACAAAAUGCCCAGUUAUUUACAGGAACGGGUCAUGACACGUGGUCACUGCCGGCCAACUGUUUCCUGUGGUUCCCUGCACCUGAGGUGGACCCCUUGAAUAUGGUUGUCAACCCUCUAUUUUCUUCCAAUUUUCUGCCUCCCCCAAUAUUUGGCCUGAAUCCAUACUAUAUUGUGGGAGACUUUUCCCUGUGGCUUUAUCAACAUGGCAACUAUGUCAAUUUUCCAGACAAUGUAAAUCCGUCAGCAGCGGGCAGACAGCGAUUCACGUGCCUGGGGAAUGUUCCUCCAGGGUUCACAUCGGCAGAUGCCUUCACAUUGUUCUGACCACCUGUUUUGUUUGACUCUUUUUGUUGUUUUGGCUCAUUUUACUGUUUCAGUUAAUCAUAAGUUGUCAUGUACUCCAUAUUGUAUAUGGACAGUUUUAAUAAAGCAGUUACCUCAGAUAAAAUGUGUUGUGUGAGCAUGUAGGCUUUUCUAUCUGAAGGCUGUAAUUUGAGGGUCUGCCACAUAUACAAUACAAAAAAGCCAUUACAUCAAGGUUAUUCACUGGGAGGAAACAAGAUGGAAAUAAAUCAUAAACAGACAUUGAAAAAAAAAGCAUGUCA